UCAUUUUGCUUGUUCCAGGAAAAACAAAACAUUUUAUUUUUGCUAUUACUUGACAUUUUUUGUGCAUAUAAUAAAUUAGCUUCAUUAAUUAAAUUGCAGACGUUUUUAAUAAGGUAACAUUUAUAGCAAAACAUUUUCAUAACAGGAGUUGCUUUCAGGAUCACUAUUGAAAUGGUGUCGAAGAAAAAUUUUCAGCACGGCAAGAUACAACAUAAACUAGCAACAAUGCCAUAUAAUAAGCCACCCACAAAAUCUUUGAACCAAAUCAUGUUUAAUGGUACACAAAUUCCUGAUAAUCCGGGCUACACAGAUUUCAACAAUCCAGUUUCGGGUACGUCAAACCAAAAUAGUGGAUCGUUGCAACAAAAAAAGAAGAAAAAUAGGCAAAAAAAUAAACAAAUUAACAUGCAACAGUCACAACAGAAAAAUGGAAGUAAAAAUUGGAAUCAUAAAAAUGGAUUAGGACGUAAUGGUGGUGGAGCGCAUGACAGAUUUAAUGGCAAAAUGUUGAAUAAUAAUUUCAAUAAUAUGCAAAAUAGAAAUGGGCCAAAUCGUGGUCGACGUAUGCCUCCAAUGGGUUUUGGUCUUCAUCAAGGUCCAAUGGGACCUAUGCCACCGAUGCCACAUAAUUUUCAACCACCAAUGAUACCACCGAUGCCACCAAUGCCACCUAUGGGUGGCGUACAACCGCCACCACCACCUUAUUUUAGACGAAACGGACGAAACAUGCCUUUGCCACAUCCACCGCCAAUUAACUUUAAACCACCUAUGAUGCCGCCUCAUGGUCCACCAGCACUACCGUACAAUGGUGUUGGUAAGCUAAAGAAAACAAAUUCGAAAGUAGUAAAAAAAUCUACUAAGAGUAAGAAUACAAUUAAAACAUUAAAAAAUUUGGUCAAUCAAUAUCCGAUUGAUAAGCCAUGGGUAACAGAUGAAAUACGUAAAGAAUAUGAGAAAAAAAUUGAUAUAGAAAAUCGUUUAAAAGGAAAUAAGGACGAUGAGCUUUUUGCUCAAUUCAAACUGCAACGGGACAAAUUUGUCGGUUUAUACGACGCAGCACGAGAGGCUUAUCUUAAAACUGUAGCUUCGGCUGCUCAAACUAAGGAUAUAAAUGACAAAAAAACUAAUAAUAAGAUCGACACAAAGGAUGAAACUAAUAAAGAAGAAAUUCCAAAAGUAGAAAGCUAAAGUUUUGAAUAGCUUCAGCUUAAUAUAGAAUAUAUAUCAGUUAAAAGAAUAAUUUAAAAAAAGAACCUCUUGAGCGCCU